CUUCAUCUUUAUAUUCAGACCAUUUCUCCUUUAUCUCUUUACUCGGUUUACCCCUUCCACUAUCUUUCUUUUGUUUACUACUCCAUUACACAAUCUCCUACGUUGCUAUAUAUCAAGUAUGAAGUAUAAUCUCUUAAGUCAUUUAGUAUUAUUCUUAAGCUAUCAUUUUACAAGACGGAGUUAUGUAUCAAGAGAAAAACGUCUUGAUGAAGCCUUAAACGAAAAUGGAAUUCUGGUUAAAAGAGGGAAUGAGUAUGUAAAAAGAGUGUAGAAGGGAGUAUACUUAAGAAGCUUGAGCGAAACACUGUCUAUAAAGACACUACUAGAAGGACGUUUCGAGAAGAUAGGAGAAGCGACUGCGGGUCGAACAGGGACUUCGGUUUCUCCUUCAAACUCCCACGUUCAAGAUUUCUCUCGUACCUUCUCUUAAUUCCCUAUAAAGCCAUACCCAUUCUCCCUCCCAUUCCCAUCUCAGUAAAACUCAGCUUAAAUCAGCGAACUAGCUUCAAAUCAAUCCCUAAUUACUUCAAUGGCUACCAAUACUCUACCAUGCUCUGCUUCCUGCUUGGUCGCAUCAAAACCCUCCGUUUCCAUCAAAACCCCCAAAUUCUCUACAUUCCGUCCCUGCUCCGUCUCACUCCCUUCUUCCCGCGGUGUUAGAAGGCCGUUCAAACUCAUAGCUCAGUCCUCCGGUGGAGAUCAGAGCCAGGACACCUCCGUCGACGUGCAUCGCGUAAGCAGCAAUCAAGGUGGCUCCUCCGCCGUCAGCACCAACGACGGCAACCGCGCUGUCGAGCGCCGGCCUCGCCGGGUGUCCGCCCUCGAUGCUUCCCCGUUCGGUGAGUCAACGAUCUAUUCGUGAUUACAUUUAGUGCUGAAAUUUCAUUUAUGUGGACUCAAUUUUUGAUUAUUCGUCUUGGAUUGCUACGAACAGGUCUUCUAGAUCCUCUGUCACCAAUGAGAACAAUGCGCCAAAUGCUGGACACGAUGGACAGGAUAUUCGACGACGUCCUGGCGUUCCCGGGGAGAACCGGAUCAACCGGAGAACUGCGGGCCCCAUGGGACAUCAGAGACGAGGAACAAGAGAUUAAGAUGCGGUUCGACAUGCCUGGGCUCUCCAAGGAAGAGGUGAAGGUGUCUGUGGAAGACGACGUUCUGGUGAUCAAGGGAGAACAGAGGAAGGAUGAUGGUGGAAAGGACGAUUCGUGGUCGAAGAGUUACAGCUCGUACGACACGCGUCUUCAGCUGCCAGAAAGCUGUGACAAGGAUAAGGUGAAGGCGGAAUUGAAGAAUGGGGUCCUUUUCGUCUCCAUCCCGAAGACGAAGGUGGAGAAGAAGGUCAUUGAUGUUGAGAUCAAGUGAAGAGUUUUCUGUAUUGCAACUUGAUGGUUGCUUGAACUCUGUUUUGAGUAUUUUGUGUGUAUGUGAGUCAUCAUAAGUUAAAUGUCACGCCAUACUUUUUUAUUACAAUUUGAAAAUUUAAACUUUUCUAGUCGCAGUUUUGUAAUUGCAAAGGAGUGAAAUACUCGAAUUGUUGUUGAGCGUGGUCAAGGUUUGUGAAGAAAACAUCCUUCAUUCCCAUACUUCAUCCUUCAACUUAAUCAUAAUUACUCGUAUUACGGAGUACAUUUGUAUACUUCGUUUUUGUUUCAUCCAAUUUGGAGUGUAUCGUAUUAAUAACAAAUUAGAAUGAAUCAAUGUCACUGAUGCCAAUAACAAAUUAUAUCGUAC